AUGAGCCUGGCAGGCGGCAGCGCCGGCCUCGGGGCCCCCAACGGCCCCCCGCCGCCGGGCAGCCCCGGGGAAGCCCAGCCCGGCCCGGGGGACCCGGAGCAGCCGCCGGCGCCGGCGGCGGGAGCGGGAGCGGGAGCGGGAGAAGGCGGGGACGGAGGAGCGGACGGCGGCCCGCAGCCCGAGAGCCGCUCCGUCUGCAGCCGCAGUAGCAGCGGCGGCGGCGGCGCCGAGCAGCGCUCCGGGCAGCAGCAGCAGCCGCCGCCGCCGCCGCCGCAGCACCAGCCCAUCUGCAAGAUCUGCUUCCAGGGCUCCGAGCAGGGUGAAUUAUUAAAUCCUUGCCGAUGUGAUGGGUCAGUACGAUAUACACAUCAGCUGUGCCUGUUAAAGUGGAUCAGUGAAAGAGGGUCCUGGACCUGUGAGCUCUGUUGUUACAGAUACCAUGUGAUAGCAAUUAAAAUGAAAAAACCUUGCCAGUGGCAAAGCAUUUCUAUAACACUGGUUGAGAAAGUACAGAUGAUUGCUGUAAUCCUAGGAUCACUGUUCUUAAUAGCAAGUGUGACUUGGCUUCUCUGGUCUGCCUUCAGCCCCUAUGCAGUGUGGCAAAGAAAGGACAUCCUUUUUCAAAUCUGCUAUGGAAUGUAUGGUUUUAUGGAUCUAGUGUGCAUAGGUCUCAUUGUACAUGAAGGAGCAGCAGUUUACAGAGUAUUUAAGCGCUGGAGGGCUGUGAACCUGCACUGGGUUGUAUUAAAUUAUGAUAAAGCCGCAGACAUAGAAGAAAGCAGCCGGGGAGAGUCUUCAACAGCCAGGACAUUGUGGUUGCCGCUAACAGCUUUACGAAACAGAAACUUAGUUCAUCCAACACAGUUAACCUCACCAAGAUUUCAGUGUGGCUAUGUAUUAUUACAUCUAUUCAACCGAAUGAGGCCACACGAAGAGUUUUCAGAUGAUAAUAGCUCUGGUGAAGUUGUGAUGAGAGUGACUUCAGUGUAACAAAAAUGUAAGGGUAUUGUUUGGUGGACUGCUUAACAGCAUCUUGGAAUGUAGUUGCAAUGAAUGCACUUCUCAAAAAUAUAUAUGAACUUUUUAAAAUUUAUGAUUUUUAUAUUAACAGGUGAAUU